UAAGACGUCCACUGGAAAAUCCAGCUGCACUGUAACUCGGUUAAACAGCGAUCGACUGUUGACAGAAGAACACAACAUUCUAAGAAGCAGCAAUGUGGGUUACCUGCCUCCUUCUCCUCCCGACUGUUUGGGGAGGAACGGAACUUUUGAAGAACGCCGACUUUGAGAACUCCCACUUCAGCAGCUCCGAUUGGUUUCCCGUGUCCGGCACCAUCGCUGCAACAUCGGACGCCUACCACGGCCACACAGCGGCUAAAAUUACUAAACGAUAUCACGACUACGGCGGACUGGAGCAGUACGUCACUGUCAAGGGAGGUCACCGCUACUACUUCCGGGCACACGUCAAGUUACUCAAUUAUGCCCCAGGAAAAGAUAAACAGACAGUGAUCGUAGGACUUGCCGCCAAGGAGAGAAGCUCCGGCAAGACGAACUACCUUACCUUUGGCGUUACACCGUACAUGCAGACGAACCAGUGGCAUAUCAUUGGAGGGGACACCAAAAUAACGAAUGUCGAUAUAUCUGAGGCCCGUUUGUACAUCCGACCUGACGACCAGAGCGUGGACUUCAUCGUGGACUACGCCAGUCUACAGGAAGUUCCCCCUCUGUCUGGUUUCCCCGGCGACGCCAACAAGAGGAUUGACACUAUUCGGAAAGGCGAACUAACCAUCAGGCUGGAUGAUCACUCAGUGGAACCCAGUGGCCUUAGCGUGGAGGUACAGGAAACGUCAGGCCUGUUCGCCUUCGGGUCAGCUGUGAAUGCAGGAGCAUUCGUGACCCCCAGCUUUAAAGGGUACCAGGACUACUUCUUCCAGAACUUCAACUGGGCGGUCAUUGAAAACGACCUGAAAUGGGCAAGCAUGGAGAAACAGAGGGGCCACAUCGACUACAACACUGCAAUGAAGGCCAUAGAUGCUUUGAGGAAACAUGGGGUCAAAGUUCGAGGACACAAUAUUUUCUGGGAGUCGAGCUCGCCUGCCUGGGUGGACCACCUGUCCGGACAAGCCCUGCGCCAGGCCAUGGAGAAACGCUUGACCGACGUGGUUGGACACUACAAGGGGAAGUUACUGCACUGGGAUGUCGACAAUGAGGCUCUGAGCGGCGACACACUCGUCCGCCACUCUGGAGACCGAAAUAUCACCAUGUGGAUGUUCAGAGAGGCCCACAAGAUCGACCCUAACGUUCAGCUCUUCCUCAACGACCACCAAAUUGUUAACUAUAACAAACACACUGUGGCUUUAGAAGACCAGGCUGUAUACUUCAAGGCAGCGGGAGUUCCUGUGGAAGGAAUUGGAAUACAGAGUCAUCUCCACCACCCGAUAGACCUGGCGGUGGUCAAGGCUCGUCUGGACGAGGUGGCCCGGGCUGGACUGCCCAUCUGGAUCACGGAGCUGACGGUGGAGGGGGUGUCAGAGAAGGACAAGCCACAGAUGUUUGACGACCUGCUGCGUCUCUACUUCAGCCACCCGGCAGUCCAGGGGGUCAUGCUGUGGGGGUUCUGGAGCCAGAGAAUGUCCAGACCUGAGUCAGCUCUGUGUACAGGGUCGGGCUGCACGGUGAAUGACAGCGGCAGACGCGUGAGUCAUCUUUUACAAACAGAAUGGCGGACGCACGAGACCCACAACAUCCGGAAAGGUCAAACAGUCCGCAUCCGGGGAUUUAAAGGAAACUACAAGUUGCGCGUGAAACACAAUGGCCACGUGAUCCACGAGGAAAGCUUCUAUCUGGGCUACAAGGGGGCGGACCUCAAAGUGUCGCUCACUGGAUCCAAUUCCAGCCCACACGUCAGCCAGAUUCUGGUGGGGUGAACCACAGCCCGUGCCCCCGAGGGGGAGUUGUACAUACUGCUCUGUGUAUUUAAGAAAUAAACAUGGUUACAAUGACAAAAUGUCAGAGCUGGGAUGACCAGCCAAAA